UGGUAUUAUACCCUUUUGUUCUUAAAGGGAUUAAUUUCAUAUAUUGGCACAUGUUGUUUUUAUAUGUGUUUUUUGUAAAUAAGUAAAUAUAAAUUAUUUAUUAGAAAUAUUUACUAUAAAAAUAGCUAGUUUCAGAAAGCUAGGAAAACCAAAAAAAGUAGAAACAACUUUAAAAAUGACUACACAACUGUUGCUUUUAUGACAUGUUGGCAUAUAUCUUUCUGUGCAUAUUUUUACAGCUACAAAUAAGUUCACACAUAGUAUAUGUUUUACACAGUGAAAUUACAUCAUGUAACUGCUUUUUUCAUAUCUUGUGGGAUAUUCCAUCAUUGGGAAAAAUCUCAUAGAACAGAGCUUGAGUUUACUUCUGUACUAUUUUAUCAAAUAUUUUUGUAUACUAGUUUGUAUUAGAUUUUUAUUAACACAAAUUCUGAGAAAAAUAUUGAUAAAUCAACUUGAACUUAUUAAUGCAUAUUCUAAAUUUCCCUCAUUAAAUUGUGGAAGUUCAUACAUUCAUCUCGGUUUGUGAAUGUGUUCAUUUCCCACAGCUUUAUUAACCACUGGUACUAUAUCUAAAUUUUUAUUCAUGUAAUAGGUGAAAUGCUGUUUCUUUUUUGUUUGAAUUUGUGUACUUACUUCACUAGACUGGGGACAUAGUCAACUAUGGCAGUUUAAUAUGGCAAGAAUCAAGAUUUUUUUAAAUGUUUAUUGACUUUUGAGUUUCUUCCUAAGUAAAUUACUUUUUCCUGCCUUUGCUCAUUUUUGUUACUGUUCACCUCUUUGCUAAUUUGUAACAACUCUUUAUAAUUUUAAAAUUGUGACCUUUUUGCUAUAUGUUGAAUUAUUUUACUGAUGAUUGUUAUCAAAUUAGUCUUAAAGGAAAUUUAUUCAUUAAUUAGAUACAACAUACUAAAUUGAGAGCUGAAAUUUCAUUUUAAUGCUGAGCAGCAUCCUUGGACAACUAGAAAAAUAGAAAUUUAAAAUUUUAAUUUCCUGUCAUAAGGUCACUGUAAAAUGUGUGUUUCCUUUCACCCAGAAAAAAAUAAUUUUUCCAUCAGUAAAGGCUCAACAUUGAUAGAAUUAACUAAAUAUUGAAAAUCCGAGAUAGUGGCAUAAACCAGCAAGUAAAUUGCCAAGUAAGUUUUAGCCUUACAACAUUUUUGAUGUUGUUCUUCAUUCACAGUAUGUGGCAUCCAAGUAUAAAUUACAAUUUUCCUAUUUAAAAGUAAUAAUGCUGUUCACAUAAUAGGUAAUUAGCUGCAUAAUGAAUAUUUGUUUAGGAAGCUUUUAAAUUUGAAGAAAAUAAAAAUGUAAGUUAAUAAUUUCAUCAUAAACUGUUCCUAACAGUCUGUGGCACUUUAUAUAAAAAUGUUUGUUAAAAAUCUAUAAAAGAUAGUUAUAAUUAUCAACUUAUCACUUACUAAAAUAAUUUCUUAAUGCCAUAAACAAAAUAACGUGUGAAUUAAAUUUCCUUUGAGGAAAAAAAACUAAAAGAGGUAAAAAAUAAUAUUUUUUAAAACACAUAUUCUAAUAGUAAUAUUAACUGGUACUGAUUGUUUUGAACUGCAUUGAUUUUUUUUCUAUUUAUAAAUUCAUCUUGAGAGCUGUGGAAAAUGAUAUUUUAAUAUACUGAUUUAUUUUAAAGGUACUUUUAAUACUUCUGACAUUCAUAAAAUAUCAGAUAAAUUAAAAUAAGUUUUAAUUUGAAAAAUUUGACAUAGUAUUUUGACAAAACAUGAUUGAAAAAGUUAAAAGUUACUUCUAGUAGAAAAUGAAAAACAAAACUUUAUAGUAUCUAAAACUUUGUAGGUUUAUGGGUUGUAAAAAUCACAGGUAAUACUGGGUUUUUAAAUCUAAAGAAAUUUGUCCCCCACCCCCAAAGAGGAAAUUUUCUCUCAGUUUCUUUGCCACAAAUUUCCCUAUUAAAACCUUUUUAAUAUAUGGUGUUCAUUUUGUAUACUCACAUAAAUAACCUUUCAAAGAUUAAAGCUGUUUCCUCUUUCUUUCUGCUAUACUGAGUGAAGAAAAGGAAUAAUAUGAGAAUUACAUUCAGAACUUAGAGAUAAUCUGACAGUAUUCCAAAAAUACCUGAUUGAGAGUAAUAAAGAAAUGAUGCCUUUGAAAGUCUGGGAGUUACAAGAUCUUAGUUUUCAAGCAGCUUCUCAAAUAAUGACCACUCCAGUUUAUGAUGCCAUAAAAUUAAUGAAAGACAUUUCCCAGAACUUCCCCAUAAAAGCCAGGUCUCUGACCAGAGUUGCUGUAAAUCAACAGAUGAGGAAAGAAAUACAGGAAAAUCAAAAGGAUCUCAAAGAUAGAUUUCACAUUCAGCCAGGAGACGCUUAUCUACUUAUAAAUGGCCUUCAGGUUAAUACAGACACUUACGAUCCUUUUAGUAUUUUAGAUAUGCUAAAAUUAGAAGGGAAAAUUAUGAAUGGCCUUCGCAACCUUGGGAUUCACCAGGAAGAUAUCAGCAAAUUUUUGAAAUUAAACUCAUAUGAUGAGAAAUACAUAUUAGAUAUUCGACAUUCUUCUAUUGUGUGGAUUAAUGACCUAGAAAAUGAUCAAAUGUAUGCUGCGUGGCCUGCAAGUUGUAAGGAGCUUCUGAAGCAAAUAUUCUCGGAGACUAUAUCUGUGAUAAAACGUAAUUUUCAUAAUUUGGUUCUGUUUAUUGAUCCUGCUAAAGAAUAUACCUUUGACUUUAUGAAACUUGCUGAAAUUUUCUAUUUUCACAAGUUUCCUCUCAGAAUUGGCUUUGUCUUCAUUCUUAAUGCAGAUGAUAAAGUUGAUGGAAGAAAUGAUGCUGGAGUUGCUCUUUGGAGAGCGUUCAACUAUAUUUUGAAGGAACGUAGUGUAUCUGAAGCAUUUAUUUCCAUUUUACAUAUGUACCAAAAAGUGAAGGAUCAGAGUGUACUCACUGUGGAAAAUGUGAAGAGUGUUCUCCAAAAUGAAUUUCCUCAUGCUGAUAUUUGGGAUAUUUUGGGAGUGCAUUCCAAAUAUGACAAUGGAAGGAAGGCAAGAGCAAGUUUUUAUAAAAUUACUGGCCUGGGUCCAUUGCCUCAAGUUAUUUAUAAUGGUGAACCUUUUAACCAUGAAGAGUUAAAUAGUGAGGAACUAGACAUUGUUGUUCUUCAUAGAAUGAAGGGUGCAUCUGUGUAUUUACAAAGAGAUAUCUUAAUGGGCACAUUAAAUGAUAAGAUGAAUGCAAUUGAUUACCUAAUGGAUAGGAACAGUGUUGUACCCCGUAUAAAUUCUGUGAUUUUGCACGCUCAACAUCAGUACCUUAAUUUAAUAUCUUCUCAAGUAACUACUGAUAUUGAAGAUUUCUCUACUUUCUCUUUCUUGGAGUCACAAGAUAAGAGCGCUAUGAUUGCAAAGAACAUGCAUUAUUUAACCCAGGAAGAUAAUGUAAUUUCUGCAGUCACUCUGUGGAUUAUUGCUGAUUUUGAUACAUCAUCUGGGAGAAAACUGCUUUAUAAUGCAUUAAUACACAUGAAAAAAAGUGUUCAUAGUCGGCUGGGGGUUAUUUAUAACCCGACAUCAAAAAUAAAUGAAGAAAACACUGCUAUUUCAAGAGGAAUUUUGGCAGCUUUUCUUACACAGAAAAACAACCUUCUGUGGAGCUUUCUCAAGAAACUGUCAAAGGAAGAAACUGCUACAGCCAUUUACUCUGGAAGUAAAAUUAAAACAUUCCUUACUGAGGGAAUGGAUAAGAAUGCUUUUGAGAAAAAAUAUAAUACUGUUGGAGUAAAUAUUUUCCGAACACACCAGUUGUUCUGUCAAGAUGUUCUUAAGUUGCGUCCUGGAGAAAUAAGUAUUGUCAGCAAUGGGAAAUUUUUAGGACCUUUAAAUGAAGAGAUCUAUGUAGAAGAUUUUUACCUGCUAGAAAAGAUAGCAUUCAAUAAUUUAGCAGAGAAAAUUAAAGGCAUUGUUGAAAAUAUGAAAAUCAGCUCAGAAAACAUGAGUGACCUUAUUAUGAAAGUUGAUGCUCUUCUUUCCUCUUGGCCUAAGCAAACACCUUGGUAUAAUGUCACAUUUCUUAAAGAGAAGCACAGCAUUAUAAAAAUAAAUCCUCAAGGAAAUGAUGUGGUCUUUGAUGUCGUUGCUAUUGUUGAUCCCUUAACAAGAGAAGCACAGAAGAUGGCACAGUUACUGCUUGUACUGGGCAAGAUUAUAAACAUGAAUGUAAAGCUGUUCAUGAACUGCAAGAGUAAGCUUUCAGAAGCUCCUUUAGAAAGCUUUUACCGUUUCGUCUUGGAGCCAGAACUGAUGUCAGGGGCUGAUGGCAAUUCCUUUCUUGGACCAGUUGCCAAGUUCCUGGAUAUCCCUGAAUCACCCCUUCUAACCCUCAACGUGAUUACUCCAGAAAGCUGGUUGGUUGAAACAGUACACAGCAACUGUGACCUUGAUAAUAUACACUUAAAAGAUAUUGAGAAAGCUGUCACAGCAGAAUAUGAACUAGAAUACCUUCUGCUCGAAGGACAUUGCCUUGAUUCAGUGACAAAGGAGCCUCCUCGGGGUUUGCAGUUUACACUCGGCACAAAAACUAAACCUGUUGUGGUUGAUACGAUAGUGAUGGCCAAUCUUGGAUAUUUUCAAUUAAAAGCAAACCCAGGUGCUUGGAUACUGAAAUUACGUCAAGGAAAAUCUGAAGAUAUUUAUCAAAUAAUUGGCCAUGAAGGAACUGACUCUCCAUCAAAUAUACAAGAUGUCAUUGUUGUAUUAAACAGCUUCAAAAGCAAAAUACUGGAAGUGGAGGUGAAAAAAAAACCAGACAAAAUUAAUGAAGAUAUCCUUACUGAUAAUGAAGAAAAAAAAGGAAUGUGGGAUUCCAUUAAAAGUUUCACAAGAAGAUUGCAUGAAGAUGAUGACAAAAAGGAAAAAGAUGUUCUAAAUAUUUUUUCAGUUGCUUCUGGCCAUUUGUAUGAACGCUUUCUAAGAAUUAUGAUGGUCUCUGUUUUACGUAACACCAAAACACCAGUGAAAUUCUGGUUUCUAAAAAAUUACCUCUCACCAUCAUUUAAAGAGGUCAUUCCCCAUAUGGCUAAGGAGUAUGGAUUCCAGUAUGAACUUGUUCAAUACAAGUGGCCCCACUGGCUUCAUCAACAGACUGAAAAACAACGGAUUAUUUGGGGUUACAAAAUUCUUUUCCUUGAUGUCCUUUUUCCACUAGCAGUGGACAAAAUCAUUUUUGUCGAUGCCGACCAGAUUGUGAGACAUGACCUAAAAGAGCUUCGAGAUCUUGACCUGGGUGGCGCUCCCUAUGGGUACACUCCUUUCUGUGAUAGCCGCACUGAAAUGGAAGGAUACCGUUUCUGGAAAACAGGAUACUGGGCGUCACGUCUUUUAGGAAGGAAAUAUCAUAUCAGUGCCCUAUACGUGGUGGAUUUCAAGAAAUUCAGGAGAAUUGCAGCAGGAGACAGGCUUAGGGGCCGGUACCAAUCUCUCAGUCAAGAUCCAAACAGUCUUUCAAACCUAGAUCAAGAUCUUCCCAAUGAUAUGAUUUACCAAGUUGCUAUUAAGUCCCUUCCUCAAGACUGGCUGUGGUGUGAAACCUGGUGUGAUGAUGAAUCCAAAAAAAGAGCUAAAACAAUUGAUCUGUGCAAUAAUCCCAAAACCAAAGAACCCAAGCUAGAAGCUGCUGCAAGGAUUAUUCCAGAAUGGGUGGAAUAUGAUACAGAGAUACGACAAUUACUAGAUCGUCUUGAAAAUAAGAAAAAAAGUAAAAUUUUGGCACAUGACGAGCUCUAGCACUGGUUUCUAUAAAAAGGAAGAUUAAAGUAUGACAGCACAGCUGCCACCUGCUGGGGAAGUGUGGAACUACUGCGGGGACAAAGGACGUUUCAUUGAUCAGUGACAUUCCUCAGUGUAAAGUGUCUUCGUUAUUUAAAAUAUUUAAUGUGCUUAUGGUAUGGAACGAAUCUAAGUUCUGUAGGAAAUGAUUGUUGAGUACUUAAAACUGCACUGCUCUUCUUUUUGGUUGCUCUGAUCACUGGGUUUUGACCAGUUAAAAUCUGAUGUGCCAGCUAACUUAGUGAAAGAUGCCUGGCCAGCUGAUCCUCAUGGGUCUUUAUGAAAGACCUCCUGCCUUUUUACCCCAGAUUUACGUUGUAUCCAUGCUUCCUUAUUCACAAAAUGAAUUCAAAAUUAAGAGAAACUAUUUUUUUCUUCUAAGAAAAAAUACUUGUGGUUAUCUCUGAAAGCUAAAAACAAGUCUAUUUAUAUCAUAGGUAUUCUUUUUAAAUGGAAGUAAUGUUGUACUAUAGUUGUUUAUUUAUCAUAAACCAUAUGAGAUUUUAAUCCUGUACUGUAUUUGUAUUACUUUUAGUUUUCCUAAUUUUAUUUCAUAAAAUUAUAUUCAUGAGCAUAUAUAUGUAUUCUUUUUUAAAAGACUUACAUAGAAACUAAAUUAAGGAUAUGUCAGUUUUUCUCUAUUGUGUUCUAAUAUAGUAAAGUAAAUGCUUAGAACUAUCCAGGAUUCUAGAAUCACAGGAUCUUGGGACUAGAAGAAAUCUGUGUCAAUUUGAAUCCCAUCCUCAGAAGAGUCUGAAGCAAGCUUAGAAAAUUACCCAGAGGAUUCUGUUGUUGAGAAACAUUCUGGCAGUACAGCACUCUCCUCACAUAGCACCGUGAGUCAUCUUGGAAGCCCAUAGGGUAACAGGCACUUCCUACCUAUAGACAGGUUGCUCUGUCCAGGGACAGCUCCGCGCAGCGCUCCAUAGUGGGCUGAGAGCCCUCUGCUCAGAAUCAUUGAGCUCUUUAAAACUAGGCUAAUCCUUCUACAUUCAACAGCACAUCCAUGGAGUAUUUGAAAAUUACGUGAGAGUCAUCAUCCUUAUCACAAAAUACAGGAAGGAAAAAUUUACUUUGGGUCCUGGUUUCAGAGGUUUCAGUGCAUGGUCACAUUUUGGCUGCACUGCUUUGGGCCUUGCCAUGGCGUGUAUCUAGCGGCCCCCCAGAGCCUCAUACACUCAUAGGUGAGGCUUUUUGGAGCUGGCUGGAUCUAGGCAGUGAUGGCAAACCUUUUAGAGACCAAGUGUCCAAACUAUAGCUCCAAGCCCACUUAUGUAUUCCAACACACCAACACUGCAAUUAGACCUGUAUACUGAGGUUUUAGUUUAAAAGCAACUCAUAUAGUCACAUCUUUUAAAAGAAAAACAAUAACAGGACUUUCAGUGAUACAAACAACUUCUUACUGAAAGAUAAAAGUUUGUAUUUGGCGUGCUUUUGCACAAUUAAUGUGAUCUUUGCUGUUGUGUAUGUGCUGAUAAUUUGUCAAACUUUGGCUCAUUCUUCAUUAGUUUGAGAGCAACACAUGCAGCACCUGAGGGCAUCUGUGACUCAGCUUCUUGUGUCAGAUUUGAUAUAAUGCAGAGCUGAAAGCAGCUGUUCACAAGCCUCAGAUGUUCCAAACUUAGGUUUAAAAAAAUCCCAGAGGCUUUCAUUGAUUUCAAAUCAUUUGGCAGAAGGGGCUGGGGAUUUAGCUCAGCGGCAUAAGUACCUGCCUUGCAAGCAGGCAGUCGAGAGUUCAAUCCCCGGUACCGAUAAAAAGGAAAAAGACACAAAAAAAAAUCAUUUGGCAGGGAAUUCCACAUGUUAAGGACUCAAUUUCCAGAACUACCGACUGUGCCAGCCUUUGUCAUCCUUUCACUCUUCUGUCUCUUCUCAAGUGUGGCACACAAGUCAUAGAGUUUAUUUUUCCAGGUAGAGCUUUCUUGAAAUUCCAAUACUUCCAUUUCUAGAAUUUCAAAAUCUAACCAGUCAGUGUAAACAGGAAAGAUCAAGUUUUUUUAAAUGUGGUUUUACUUGGAAAAAAUAUAAGGUUUCUCUAUCUUAUAGAAGUAUAAAAAUCUGUUACUAAAAUUCUCCUUUGCAGCUGCUACAAUGCUAGAAAAUUCCCUGAAGAUAUCCUGAUGGCUUGUGGAAUUAUCUGCAAAUGUUGUAGAAAUUUUCCAAAUACAUUUUUAGAUUUAGAAACCAGCUCAGCAUGCCUGCUGUGGCACACAUGAGUAGGUUCACCACCACUGACCUAGGGGUGGGAUUAAAGGCGUCCGGUGUUAAAUCAGUCCACUACUCAGUUUAGCAUAGUUCCUGAUAUGCGGUAUGUGUAAUAGGGAGGUCCACCCUAGGUGUGGGUGGCCCCACCCAAAAGGCCCAUAGCCUGGAUGGGAUAAAAGAGAAAGAGAAGCUUAUUUGGCUAUGUGCUGCUUUGCUGCCUCCUGCCUGCUUUUUUUUCCUCUGUCAUGCCCCUCUGCCAUGCCACCUGCCUCGGAGCCAACCACGUAUAGACUGAAACCCCUACAACAGUGAGCCAGAAUCAACGUUUUCUUCUUUAACUGGUGAGCGUCAGGAAAGCUAAGACAGGCCGACAGCAGCACCACACGUCGUGGCAGGAGCAUGCGGCUGCUGGGAGGCAGAGAGAAAGAGGCUGAGCUCCCUUUCAAGGGCACACUCACAGUUAACUGACUUCCUCCACAGGCUCCGCUUCCUAAGGGUUCCACUGCUUUGGUAGAGCUACAGAUUGGCAGUCAGGCCUUUCGGUAUACAGCCUUUCAGAGACAUUCAAGAUCCAGACUCCAACACUGACUCUUUCCCCAGCAUCUACACUCACUCCUAAUGAGAACACUUACCUUUCCUCCCCAGUGCUUGGCACUCUGGUCUUACACACACACACACACGAUGAAACCCCGGGUGGGCUCACUCUGGCAAAACUAGAUUAUUCCUGUGGGUUCAGAGGGUCUGAUAGGUGCUGUCAGGGGCUGGAGCCAGAAAGAAGUUGGCCUGGCGUGGCCAAUAUGCCAUGUCACCCUCCAGCUCAUUCCUCUUUAGAGCCGGGUACCGUGCUGGAGCCAGAGAAGCCCGACUCAGGCCAGCAGCCCGGCUCAGACCAGGUGCUACAGGCAGCUCCCUAGAAGGCUACUGUGGCCCCUGGGACAGACACACCCCCACCCCACCCCUACCCCCACACUGACUUCGGUGCUGUGCCAUCAACCUGGUUUUCCACAUCUGUAAGAAUCUUCUGGCCAGACAAAUCAACUAAGCAGACACCUGAGUCCCUUCCCCUUACCCCUGUUACUAAAAACCACCAUCUCUAAAAGUCCAGGUUCCGUAUUUUAUAGAGUAUAAGCUAAAAUUGCAGAACAGUGUAAACACACCCCACUUGUAUCUUGUAGUUUGAAAGACUAAAUGUACAUCGUUUCUAGGUGAGUGAUGAUUUUUGAGGUACGAUCACAAUAUACAAUGAUGUUUAAGUUUUUACAAAUGCAUUACAAUAAAUGACACAUUGCCAUUAACCCCCUCAAAUACUCCUUCAUUUUGAACACACUUAGCUCAUGGUCCUCAGGACUUUCUGCAACAGCUCCGCAGUGUCUCUGAGAGGUGAGAUCAAAAGUCCAGUGAACGCCGCUGCAGGCCAGCAUCCAGCAGUCGGCCUCGUGCCGGCAUCCACUUUACCUGAUCUGUCAGCAUGUGGCUCCAAGCUCCUCUGCAAACUCAAAAUGACCACAGAAGGUAAAUGUCUUGAUAGACUCAGGACAUUGAGGCAGCUGUAUAAAGGAAUAACUAAAGAUAGAAAAGAGAGCUUCCAGAACUUCUUGAAAAAGUGACAAGAAUGAUGGGAUGAAUGUGUUCAAAGUGGGGAGUUGGAACCGUUGAGGCUGAGUAUGUGCAGGGCUGUGGCGUGGCCCGGGGAAUGGCUGAACUAAAAACAAGGAGACGCCUACAGGGGCCAAGAUGGGCCACAGCUGAGGCCACCUGGAGACCUUCUGGAUGGUUUUCCUUAAUUAGCAUUGUCUGUUGCUCUGCGAGGUCCUUGAGCCCCACCCCAGAUCCCCGUUCAGGUUCCUGCCAUUGCCCACUCACCUCCUUGCUUGUUCUGAUUAAAUCCAGGCUGCCUAGCGUCUGUCAGCCAGUCAGCCAGCGGGCUAGCAGGGUUACAAGCUCUGUGAGGAAUUCACUCCUGCAGUAAAGACCAUGUCGGUGUCUCAUUCCUUUGAGCCUUCACCAUGCACCCAUUUGGGGGCUCGUGGCGGGGGGGGCCUAGGCACAGACCCCAGCAGUAGGGGAGGGGUACAUUGAGGGGAAUAAAUGGCAAUAUGACUUUUACUAUAAUUUUUAAAAAUUAAAACAUUCACUUUUUUUAAAUGCCUCAUGACUUUAUAAAUACGGUAUUUCUUUACAGGAACAUUCUUUGAUGAAUAUAUUUUGAAAUUAUGUUACAUUGAGCUCUUAGCCCCUACAACUGCUGUGCAAUUCAAAACAUUGACCUUCUUGGGGACACUUAAUUGUACUAUUAUUGGUCAAGCUUGGGCACACAAUAACUGUUGGAGAGAGCCAUCCAGUUCUGUCACCUGGAGGAGUGCUGAACCAGCACACCCAAGUUCUGAGCUGGGGUAUAGGCCUGGUAUCUAAGAUUUUCACAAAAGUCAGAUUCUGGAAAAACAAACUAUAUUUUUUAGUUUGGUUUUGCUUUUAAUUUUCAUUAAGUAAAAUGGUCACAUUCACCAUAGGGAACUUGUGCCUGUACAUGAUUUAUCUUAGUUCCUCUUUUUUCUCCUCUGCCCUCCCCUCCCUUCAAUCCUUAUUUACAAGGCUUUGUUUCCACUUUAUCCUUUUUUUCUUUUCCCUUUCUUCCUCCUCCUCUACCCCAUUCACCUUUCCUUUUGAACAAUUUCUUACUAUUUCACAAUAUGUUAUAUAUUUUGGUUCUUACUUAUACUUUGUUUCUCACAUCAGAGGAAUACCAGUGUCUGAUUUAUUUCAUUUAGAGUAUGGUCUCAAGGUGUACCCAUUCAGCUACAAAUAUCACAAGUUUAGCUUUCUUUAAGACUGAGUAGUAAUCCACUGUAUUAAAAAACCGUAUCUUUUUUAUCUGUUCCUCGGUUGAUGGACAUUUGGAUUAUUUCCAAGGUUUAGCUAUUACCACUUGUGCUGCUGUGAACAUGGGUACAUGUAUAUCAAUGUGGUAUAAUGCUUUUAAUUCUUGGAAAAUACCAAGAAGGGAAACAGUUAGGUCAAAUAGAAACUCCAAUUUUGUUUUUUGAGAAAUCUCCACACAGAUUUCUACCAUGGUUACACCAGUCUACACUCCCACCAACAGUGGAGAAAGAUUCCUUCCCCCCCACCAAUCCUGCCAACGUUUGUUAUUGGUGGGUUUAUGACUGUUCUUUGUUGAGUAAGAUGCAAUCUCAGCAUUGUUUUAAUUUGCAUCUCUAGAAUGACCAGUGAUGUUUUUUCUUAUAUUCAUUUGCCAUUUCAACUUUCUCUGAGAAGUAUCUAUUCAUUUCACAUAACCAUUUUUGGAUUGUAUCCUUAAAUUUGGGGGGGAUAUGAUUUUUUUCAAUUCUUUCAUAUGUUCUAGAUUUUAGUCCUUUGUCUGAAGAAAACUAGCUAAGAUUUUUUUCCCACUCUGUGAGUUGUCUUUUCUUUUCUUUUCUUUUCUUUUUUGGUCUUUUUCCUUUUUUAUCGGUACCAGGGAUCAAACUCACGACUGCCUGCUUACAAGGCAGGCGUUUAUGCCGCUGAGCUAAAUCCCCAGCCCCAUGAGUUGUCUUUUCAUUCUGUUGAUUUUUUCUUGCUGUGCAAAAGCCUUUUAAUGUGAUCCUAGUUGUCCGUUCUUUGUAACAUUUCCUGUGCAAGCAGGGUUUAGUUCAUAAGUCUUUGCCUGCAUUAUGUCUUCAAGAGUUCAACCAAUUUGUGCUUCCGGCAGAUUGUGUUUUUUUAAUAUUUAGAUCUUUGAUACAUUUGAUUUUAGUUUAGUGUAUGGUAAAAGAUAUACGUCUAAUUUUAAUCUUCAGCAUGUGGAAAGCCAGCUUUUCCAACACUGUUUAUUAAAUAGGCUUUCUUCCAGUAAAUGUGUUCGUGAGUGAGUGUGUUUGGAGUUAUUUCUGUGUCUUCUAGUUUGUUCCAUUGGUCUGCAGAUCUUUUUUUCCUAGUACCAUGCUGUUUUUAUCACAGAAACUUUGUAGUAUAAUUUUAAGUCAGGGAUUGUGAUGCUGCCUGCCUUGCCUUUGUUGCCCAGAAUUACUUUCGCUAUUCUAGGUUUCUUCUGGUUCCAAAUGAAUUUCAGGAUUAUUUUCUGUAACUCUGUGAGGCAUGCUAAUGAUAUUUUGAUUAGAAUUGCAUUAAACCUGUAUAACAAUUUUGGGAGUAUGGCCAUUUCACUGUGUGAAUUCCUCCUCCCAUGAGCAAAGGAUAUCUUUCCAUUGUUGGAUACUCUCUUUGAUCUCUUUUUCAGAAUACUAUGGUUUCAAUGCAGAGAUCUGUUACUUCUUUUGUUGGAUUGAUUCCUAAGUAUUUCACUUUUUGGUGCUUAUGAAAGCUGUGGUUUUCCUAAUUUCAGUGAAUUAAACAAACUAUAUUUUUUACAUAAGAAA